UCUGCCUGGAAGCCUCCUAUGAACUGUUUUCAUCUCUGAAUGCUGCUCACUAUUAUCAUCUAACAGCACCAACAGAAUUGAGAACCACAUGUACCUUUCUGUCAUAAACUUCGUUUCAUCCUACAAACUGGCAACAGAUGAACCAGUGAACUGUGACUGCUUUCAGGGAAAGCAUGGAUUGGGGGUUAUAGGUCAAUGAAGAUUGCUAUCACGUGCUAAUUAGAUUGAAAAACAUGACUUAUUGACCCCGUCAAGCGAAUUACAUUACUACACCCCCGAUACACCCUUUAGGGGUGUUCAGAUGGUCAGUUCACUUUUCAAUCAAACAUCCGUUCCUGUUUCCAAAUGUUUUGAUUUUUCGUUUUGAGUAACCAAAAUCAUACACUUAUUGACUAACUAUUGGACAUGCGACUGGCUAUUUAUUAGAGGGAUGUAAAGAUGUUGUAAACAAGUUUAUAUGGUUUUCAGAUGACAUAAAUUAUCUAGUCCUCUUCCUUAACAAUUUUACAAUGUCAAAUGAAAUAUAAAGUAAUAAUAUUGUUAUUUGUUCUCAGACCGCACUGGUGGGAUUCAACUGGGUUGUUGUUGUUCUUGUUGUUGUUGUUCCAUGGGAUAUCUCAACCCAUUAAGUGCACCCUGUCGGAGUAUAAUACCUUGUUGAAGACCUUCAUCAUUGGAACUUAAGUAUAUGCAGAACACGUGAUUUUUCUUGUUAAAUUAGACGAAACCAAGCAAACCAAGUGUAGCUCAGCUCAUAUUUACCAAAAGAAAGCCUAGUUGGCCCGAGCUGAAAUAUGAGUGAGGUGAGCCAAGCAUAAGUCGGCUCUACUCAAUGUCCAGGCCAAAGAGUUAAUUUCUUCUCCUGAAGUUGGUGCUAAUUGAAUCUUUAAUCAUGAGCUUACUCAUUCAAAACUCUAAUGAGAUCUCAUCUACAUGCCUUACCUCAACCCUCAUUAAAGUUGGACUAGCCAAUGGGAACACUUGAUAACGUGCCUAUUUCUAAGCAAUCAACAAUAAACAUUUGGUAGAAAAACAACAUACUAGAAUUUCGAAACAAAAUGAACAUUGUUCCCGAAUAGGAUAUAAUUGCAAGAAGCGAAUUAAUUUGCAAUCAAAAAGUUGGAAAUUGACUUCUUCAGAUGAAUUCUGCUACAUAUCUCAAUUUAGCAUAGUUGUUCUAGAAUUAAUAGACACAACAACAACAACAAACCUAGUGAAGUCCCACAAAUGGGGUCUGCGGAGGAUAGUGUGUACGCAGGUCUUACCCCUACCCUUGGGAGGUAGAGAAGCUGUUUUAGAUAGACCCUCGACUCAAGAAGAUGAAAAGCAACACUAGAAACAAGCAACAUCAGCGACAAAGGCCAGAAAGGUAAUAACAGCAAUCUAAGAACCAGAAAAAUGGAUGAAGGAAGCAAUAGCAACAAGCAGUAACAACGGCAAAAUACUAGUAAACUGAAGCGUAAGAUAGCAUGAAAAUAACAUGUAAUACUAGCAAUCUAAGAACAAGACACUAGCAGACUAAUCCUAAAAAACCCCGGUACAAGACAGAAAAAUGCUCGACGACGUAUCAACUUUCUACCCUAAUUCUCGACUUCCACACCCUCCUAUCAAGGGUCAUGUCCUCGAUAAGCUGAAGUCGUCCUGCCUGAUCACCUCUCCCCAAUACUUCUUUGGCCGCCCUCUACCUCUUCUCAUACCCACCAAAAUCAAUCGCUCACACCUCCUUACUGGAGCAUCUAAGCUUAUCCUCUUCACAUGACCGAACCAUCAAACCAUCGCUUCUCACAUCUUGUCCUCUAUGGGGGCCACGCCCACCUUUACCCGGAUAUCUUCAUUCCUAAUCUUAUCCAACCUAGUAUGCCGGCACAUCCAUCACAACAUCCUCAUUUCUACUACUUUCAUCUAUGAAUAUGGGAGUUCUUGACUGACCAACACUCUGGCCCAUACAAUAUAGUCAGUCUAACCACCACCCUGUAAAACUUACCUUUAAGUUUUGGUGGCACAUUCUUGUCAGACAAGACGUCAGACGCUAACCUCCAUUUCAUCCACCCCGCCCUAUAAGAUGUGUGACAUCCUCUCCCCAUUCCCUUGGAUAACAGACCCAAGAUACUUAUAACUCUUGGAGAUGACUUGUGAAUCAAGUCUCACGUCCAUGUCCGCUCCCUCCGUCACGUCGCUGAACUUUCACUCCAAGUAUUUUGUAUUAGUCCUGCUCAACUUGAAACCUUUAGACUCUAGAGUUGUCUCCAGACCUCCAACUAGUCGUUAAUACCGCCUCACGUCUCGUCAAUCAGUAUUCAGUACUAUGUCUCUAGAAUUAAUAGAAGGGAAUAAAAAAGAUAAAAGAGAGAGCAAGUGCUUGAAUGUGUACAUGAUCCAUUUUCUUGCCCAUGGCAUUCAGUCAGGAAGAGUACAUUGGAGUUUAAAAACAGUACAUGUUUAAAUGUUUUAUCAAAAGAAAGAUACAAUACAUGUGGAACAGUGUUAUAAAUAGCGCUCGCCUCAGCGCUAAUAGCGUGAGGCGAGGCGAGGGUGUGUCGCUUCAAUGCUUCUGUUGCGUUGCGAUUCCAAAUAGCGCUCGCUUCAGGGUGUGUUGCGUGAGGCGACUGUGUGGCGACUAGCGACUGUAGCAUCGUUAUUUUUAGAUUAAAAAAAGAGAAAGGGAGAAGACUUAAGUCGGGAAUUAGGGCUUCGAAUUAUUUCACCCGCGAACAAAAAAACUUCAGCGAUUAGGGCUUUUCACCUGCGAACAAACCAACGGUCUUCUCAGCCUUCUUCUUCAUCAUCUGGCUUCAUCUUCUUCAAGCUUCAACAGCGAAAAAACAGAGGUAUGCUUCUUCUUCCUUCUUCUUUCUUCUUUCUUCUUUCUAUUUUUUAUUUUUUUUCUUCUGUUUUUUGUCGAUAGAAACAGAGCCAAAUAGGGUCUUCUUUCUUCUUUCUUCUUCUCUUCUUCUUUCUAUUUUUUUUCUUCUGUUUUUUGUCGAUAGAAACAGAGCCAAAUAGGGUCUGUAUUUGUGCUGUUUUUGUCGAGCAAAAACUGAUGGUUUUCUUCUGCUCUUAUUUUUUUUUUUUUUUGCUCUGUUUUGUUUUCUUCUUUAUUUGCUGUUUUUCUAGAGGCAAAAUUUCAUUUUUGUUCUUCUUUCUUUGCUGUUUCCAAAGGCAGAAUCAAUUUUUUGUUUUGCUAUGUUUUUUUGUCUUUUUUUCUUUGCUGUUUUUUUCCAGAGGCAGUGUUACUGUUUCCAAAGGCAGAAUCAUUUUUUUUGCUCUAUUUUUUUUGUCUUCUUUAGAUAGUAGAAUUAAUUGCAUAUUGACUUGACAAUUUUUUCUAUAAAACAGCGUUGGGAUGGCGUCAUCCGAUAAUACUAAACGAAAUGAUAUAGCUUGGAAUUAUGCUAUACAAGGCUCGUCAAGAUUCGCAAUUAAAUGUGUGUUUUGUCAAAAAACAUACAAUGGUGGGAUAACUCGUCACAAGCAACAUAUGAUAGGUGGAUUUAAAAAUGUAAUACAAUGUUCCACUUGUCCGCCCGAGGUUAGGGAGGAAGUAAAGGCGUUUGUUGAAAAGAAAAAUAUGGCAAGAACUCAAAUGAAUUAUGAAGCAUCGGUGAAUCUAAUUGACGAAGAUGAUGAAAUGGAUGAAUAAGGUGAAAUGGGACCUCCCCCCCCCCCCCUAAAACUCAUAAGAUAAAUCCAAAUAUGUCUAGUGGGUCAUCCACGGCACGUACGGUGACAAAAGGUCCUCUCAAUCUUUAUUUCUCGGGAAAACAACAAGAAAGGGGAAAAAGUGAAGAAGGUUCAGGUUUAGAAGCCAAGAAGAUUUUGAGGGAUCGCGCCGUCAGUGCCUUUGCAUCAUGGAUGUACGAUGCGGGGCUUCCUUUCAACUGUGUCAACUACAAAACUUUUGACAAAUUCAUUGAGGCCGUAGGACAAUAUGGCCCAGGAAUGAAGCCUCCUAGCUAUCAUGAAGUUAGAGUAACUCAUCUUAAAAAGGAGGUGAAGAAGAUAGACCAAAUUAUUGAGGAGCAUAAAGUGGAAUGGAACAAGUUUGGAUGUUCCAUUAUGAUGGAUAAACGGACAGCACGGAAUGGAAAAAUGAUCAUAAAUGUGUUGGUGAACUCCAAGAGGGAGUGUUUUUCUUGAAUCUCACGAUGCUAGCAACUCUUCUACGGAUGGAAGCAAAAUGCACAGCUUGUUAGAAAUACUAUUGAUAAAAUUGGAAAGGAAAAUGUUGUACAAAUUGUUACAGAUAAUGCUAGUGAGGAUGUUAGUGCGGGGAAGAUGAUGGAAGCUAUGUAUCCAAACAUUUAUUGGACUCCAUGUGCUGCCCAUUGUUAUCAACUUGAUGCUUGGUAACAUAUUCAAGGAAUACCCAUAUGCUUCAGGUAACUUUAAUAUAGUUAUCUUUAAAGCCUUUAACUUUAUUUAUACUAAUCCUAUUAACUAUUAAGUAUUAAGUAUUAACUAUAAAAUUAUUAUUGUUACUUUUACAGUUUUCAGGCCGUUAAGGCAUAUGCUUACAUCAGUCAGAGGCCGUUGUUGUUGAAUUUGAUGAGGAAAUUCACAAAUGAAAGAAAUUUGGUGAGACCGGCCAAGACUAGAUUUGCAACGGCUUUCUUAACUUUACAUAGUUUUUACUUGCAAAAGAAAAAUUUGAGAAGGCUAGUUCUUUCGAAUGAAUGGAAAGAUAAUAAAUAUGCAAAGGAAGCUGCGGGGAAAGAAACUGCCAAAGUUCUUAUUUGUCCAUCAUUCUGGAAUGACGUCGUUCGGGCUCUUAAAGUUGGUGGUCCUUUGAUUAGGGUGCUUCAUAUGGUGGAUGGGGAGAAAAAACCAUCAAUGGGCUAUCUUUAUGAAGCUAUGGAUAGAGCCAGAGAGAGUAUUGCAGCGUCAUUUGAUGGAGAUGUUAGGAAAUAUGAGAAAGUUUUUGAGAUAAUUGAUACCAGGUGGAACAAUCAACUCCAUCGACCUUUGCAUGCAGCAGGCCAUCUUCUGAACCCGGGAUUAUUUUACAAGAACACUAGAGAUAAAACUUUGGAUUCAGAAGUGUGGAUUGGAUACCAUGCAUGUCUUGAGAAGUUGAUCCCUAAUUCAGCGACGACAGAUCAAAUAGGGGAGGAGUUUGGUAAGUACUCACAAGCAGAGGGCCUAUUUGGUUUACCGGCUGCCAUUAGAGCAAGAGACAUAAGGUCGCCAGUUGAAUGGUGGAAGCAAUUUGGACAUCAAACUCCAAACUUGCAAAAGUUUGCCAUCAAAGUAUUAAGCCUAACUUGUAGUGCAUCUGGAUGCGAGAGAAAUUGGAGCGUAUUUGAGCAUGUAAGAAGUAGAUUUAUUAUAUUAAUAUAUUCUAUAUUGUAUUAUUAUUAGUAUCUAUUAAUCAAUCUAAAUAACGUAUGGGCAGAUUCACUCCAAGAAAAGGAAUAGGCUUGAGCUAUCACGUCUCAAUGAUCUAGUGUAUAUUAAAUACAAUAGAACAUUGAGGCGACGUUAUGAAGCUCGCGAUACCAUUGAUCCAAUUUUGUUGGACAACAUUGAUGAGGCAAAUGAAUGGUUAACUGGAGCCUCCCAAAAUCAUGAAGAUGAACAAGUGUAUGAAGGAGAUGAUCUUGAUUGGGGUACUGUUUCUAUGGCCAUUGGAGUUGAGGAGAAUAUCUAUGGACUUAGAGGGAGUUCUUCAAGUUACAAGGGAAAGGGAGUAGCAAGUUCAAGCCGGUCCCUAAUUGAUGAAGAGUUCGAGGAUGAAGAAGAUGAUAGCCAAUAUAAUGCUAACAUUCAUGAAGUUGUAGAAUUUGAAAAUCUUGAAGAAGAAUAGAUGUUGCUUGUUUUAGAGUUUAG